CCAAACUUGAAAAUGGAGAUGUAUGAAACCCUUGGAAAAGUGGGAGAGGGAAGUUAUGGAACCGUCAUGAAGUGUAAACAUAAGGUUACUGGGCAGAUAGUGGCCAUUAAGAUAUUUUAUGAAAAACCAGAAAAAUCUGUCAACAAAAUUGCAACGAGAGAAAUAAAGUUUCUAAAGCAAUUUCGUCAUGAAAACUUGGUCAAUCUUAUCGAAGUUUUUAGACAGAAAAAGAAAAUUCAUUUGGUGUUUGAAUUUAUUGACCAUACAAUAUUAGAUGAGUUGCAACAUUAUUGUCAUGGACUAGAGAAUAAGCGACUUAGAAAAUACCUCUUCCAGAUUCUUCGAGCAAUUGAAUAUCUUCACAAUAAUAAUAUCAUUCAUCGAGAUAUAAAACCUGAGAAUAUUUUAGUAUCCCAGACAGGAAUUACUAAACUCUGUGAUUUUGGUUUUGCCCGAACACUAGCAGCUCCUGGGGACAUUUAUACGGAUUAUGUGGCCACACGCUGGUAUAGAGCUCCAGAAUUAGUAUUAAAAGAUACCACUUAUGGAAAGCCUGUGGAUAUCUGGGCUUUGGGCUGUAUGACCAUUGAGAUGGCCACUGGAAACCCUUAUCUCCCUAGCAGUUCAGAUUUGGAUUUACUUCAUAAAAUCGUUUUAAAAGUAGGCAAUUUGACACCUCACUUGCAGAAUAUCUUUUCCAAGAGCCCUAUUUUUGCUGGGGUGGUCCUCCCUCAAGUUCAACACCCCAAAAAUGCAAGAAAAAAAUACCCAAAGCUGAAUGGAUUCUUGGCAGAUAUAGUUCAUGCUUGUUUGCAGAUUGAUCCUGCUGAGAGGAUAUCUUCCACUGAUCUUUUGCAUCAUGAGUAUUUUACUAGAGAUGGAUUUAUUGAAAAUAUGCCUGUCCCACUCCACAACCUCCAUUCAGACCUUGUUCCUAGUUGUAAACAGAUCAGGGCCAGCUUGACCGUUUUGCGCUGCCAUUUGGUUUUAAGUGAUAGGUUAACUGAAAAAGCAAAAAAGAGACGCUCUUCUUCACAGUCUAUUGGACUUGUUAUGUCUAGCAAGCAAGAGGAUACAGGUCCUACUCAAAGUCAAAUAGAGAAGAAUCUAUUUAAUGAGCGAACAGGUCCAAAUGACCAAACGGCUAAUGGGAACAAGAGGAAGCUGAAUUUUCCCAGAUCUGACAGGAAGGAAUUCCAUUUCCCAGAAUUGCCUUUCACAGUGCAGUCAAAGGAGAUGAAAGGAAUGGAAGUUAAACAGAUAAAAGUGCUGAAGAGGGAGUCAAAGAAAACAGACUCAGCUAAGAUACCAACUUUGCUUAAUAUGGAUCAAAAUCAAGAGAAACAAGAGGGUGGAGAUGGCCAUUGUGAGGGGAAGAAUUUGAAGAGGAACCGAUUUUUUUUCUGGUAG